AUGGCGCCAGUUGCUCACUCUUUUAAACUAUCUCAAGGCACGAGCCCUUAUUGGAUUAACAUUUGUGUCAGCAGUUUGUGUAGUGGCUUGGAGCUGCUGUGUUUAAUAGAAGGAGGAAGUAGGCAAACUGACUGUUUUCAAGAAAGAGACACAACCACACAGUCCCUCUUCAACAGCGUGAAGAUGUUUAAAGUUUUCUCCUUUGUCCUUUUGUUGGUUUAUACCACCCCCAGCACUGAAUGGCCUACGCACCUCCUCUGCAAGACUGAUCGGCUGGAGGUAAACUACAGAAGCUGUGAUCCACUGCAAGAUUUGGCUUUUAGCAUUGACACCUGCUCCAGUGUGGUGCCCGAAACUCUUAACAUCAGAAUAGCAACCAUUUUAAGGUACAGCAUCAGGAAACUAUCUGUGGAAGUAAGUCUUGGCAUAAAUGGGGGGAGCGUUCCAUUUUUCUCCAAGGAACUUUGCGAAGAAGAUCACCCAGAGUUUCAUUACUGCGGAAAGAAGAAAGGAGAACUAAUCUACUAUGAAGGGCCUGUCUCGGUGGGAUUCCAUGAGCUCCCUCAGGGAGACUUUGAUGUAAAGGUGGAAUUUUUAAAUCAAGACCAUCGCGCUAUUAUUUGUGCAAAUUUCACUGUUAAGAGUCACUGAAAGGGUGUCGCUAUUUUUAA